GUUAUGAAAUACGAGACAAAGGUUACGAGAAUCUUCUUGGGUCAGUGAGUCAGUGACAAUUAUGGUAAGUAGGUGUAAAUCAAAAUCUGUUUCCUUUUCGUUGUAUCUAAACAUAGAAAAUCGUUUCACUCGGAAAUAGAAGUUGAUGACUCUACUUGAAGUAUUUCCUUGCCACACAAUACGAAAACGUUUGGGACUCAGAGCAACAUAAGUUUUUACAGAAGAUGCUGCAUCUCGCGCGAUGGGUUAAAAUUUCCGUGACAUUGUAACGAAACUCGGAGUCCUCUCUGUUGUUAAUAUCUUAACUUUCGUCGUUGUGUAACUGCUUCUCGACUUAUUAACUAGCUCGAUCAAAUUUUUUGAUUCAAUCAAAAAAAUUUCGGAGGACGUCGGGCGGUCGUAGCGAUAAACGAUCCCACGUCCGCAUUUCCGACGACAUCAUCGUCGCCGCCCCCGAGCGUCGGCGGAGUAUCAGUUUCGGCUCGGCAGAGCAAUGUCGGCCCCUCCGUCAAUAUAAGAGCGUCGUCAAUUUGUAAAAUCAGUUCAAUUCGACGAAGACCAAGAUCACUGAAACUCGAAAGAUUUGAAGCUACAAGCGGUGGUACAGAAGUGAAGCUCGAAGAUGAGUACACCUUUGGUAAAUGUUGUUUUUGCCAUUCUCUCGUUUACAAUGUCCUCAAUGGCGAAAAGUAAGUAGUACCGUCUGUGUACAUGUAUGUUAGUUUUCUUUUUCUUUUACAUUGCCUUGACUGAUGUAAAAAAACUGUUGGUGUUACAAAAAAAGUAUGAACCAUGCAACCGAUUUGUUCACUGGCAGUCAGGAAAAAAACUUCUUCUGCCUAUAACCGGAAUGGAAAAGCUCAACUAACUAUUUUUCAGUGAAAAAUAUCUAGUGCAGCAGAAAGUGUUUCGGAAGGAAAAAUCCUUAAUGCUUUGUCCAUCGCUUAAAUAUCUUUAAAAAUAAAGUAGCGAAGAGCACAAAAAAUAAAUAAAUGACUGAGUAAAUCACUAAAAUGAAUGAGGAAAUUGGAUAAAUUUUUUUACUGUUUGAUGAAAAACUGCCGCAUUGUAGUUUGGUAGCUCUUUGCCGAAGAAGACCGAUAACCAGCCAGAGUCGAAGAUGAUCUGGUCCUUCAGAGGGGAAAAGCCUGCUUCAGUCUCACACAGAUUACUAUAGGAAAUGCUCAGACCUCACUUUCUCAUUGAACAAUGAAUCAAUACGGACGAUUCAUCAUAAUAUCCAUUUCUCCCGCAGCAUGUCGAGACAGUAUUACAACCCCAGUUUGUCAACAUUUUGUCCAAACAUAUCGUGAUUCCUGCAAAUGGCCGGAGAUGAAGACUAGCUGCCCGUUAACUUGUAAAUUUUGCGGUAAGAUAUUUAUUCAUUCCUUUUAUCUAUAUUUCUGUAUUUUACUCUUCCUAAGGCUGAAUGAAACUGAGCCGAUUUCUUUUAUAGUAAUGAUAGCUAAAAAAGGCCAACUGCAGGCAUCCAAGGAUUCAAACCAAAUGCAUAGAUCAGAGGAAGUUUAACAUGGGAUUUAAUAACGCAAAAUAAAAGGGCAGUCAGCAGCUCCAGACGUCGAUUACUAUUAACUUUAAUUGUUCAUUCCACACUAAUUUUGGUUAAAAACGCAACUCGUCGUAAGUGCAUGGCUACCAGUAGAUCAAAUUUAAUUGAAAUGUUUUUAUCGUGCUCUUUCUUCAUAGUUCCUCUGCCAAGAUGUGCAACUAAGGCCAGCAGAUAUGGCUGUUGCUGGGACAAAAAAACGGAAGCGAAAUCAUAUGCUGGCGACGGUUGUCCUGGUAGGCACAUUUUUGUCAUUCUUUUUUCAAUUUCGAUUAUAUUACUGCGGAGUAAUACACUCGUGUAGUUUUCAUUUUAAAACUGCGGCAAUUUGCCAGGUGUUCGCACACAGCAAGAAUGACAAACUUUUCUUUCUCGAGGUCAGUGUCCAUUUUCGAGGUGAGCCAGUGAGUAAUGCAAGUUACGGCUCACAAACUGUCGGUAACGACUUUUGGUUAUUUUUCGGAAAACACAUGUUUAAUCACUGACAGCAAUAUUCCCCAUAAGAAAUCAUCACAUGGCUGCAUGAAGUAAAUUCGUCUUUUCAAUUCUUCGAACAGAAUGUAGGGAUCAGUUUCCAAGCUACUGCAGAGAGCGAAUUGCAAGGCAUCCAAGGAAAAGCGCUUGCAAUAAGAAUGGAAGUAAGAUGUGCCCCAAAAGUUGCGGUGUUUGCGGUAAGUGAAGGAAAACCUUUUUGGUACGCGGAAGAUGAGAUCCUUAUAUUUGCCACUUUUUAAUGAUGAAUAAUUAACUGGACCAUGAAAAAUUCUCGAUCCCGAUUGGUUAUCAGAAAUGCAAUUUCAGAGCUAAUAGAACAGUUGACUCGCCAUGCGGCGCCAUGCCUGUGAAGUGGGACCGUCUGCGUCAUUUACGCGCGCUGUUUUUGUAGGCUAUUGGGUUCAUCUCCGCGCGGGAAAAAGCCAACUGUUAUUUUUUUUGUUUAUGGAUAUGUUCAACCAGAAGGUAUCUGUCUAUCAAAUUUUGUCACAACUUUGAUUAAUUGGGAACAGAAUUUUGUGUAGUCUAAUUCUGUCUAAAAUCGUACUCGUAUUAUAACAAAAUCGGACUCCCGCUUCGUGGUUGUUUGAUUUUCCUUAUCACUCGAAUGAGUCCCAACUGAAUUGAACUCUGUUCUGAUAUAUUCGGAAAAAGAAAAUCAUUUUUGUCCAUCUAACGGGAAUCGUAUCCAUUAGCACUGUGUUUUUGUUAGCAAAUAAAAUGAUCUUACAAUAUCACUGAGCGAGAUACAUGAUAGCCAGUAAACCCAAGAUGAGCCAGGGAAUCUCUCUGGCUUUCUUGCGUGGUUAUCAGCUGCUUUUUUUUACGUCAAUCUUUGUGAUCAUGCAAUCUAUUUAACAUAGAAAAAUCGUAUUGAUGAUUUGGAUUUUGUAUCUCUUCAAUAGAACACAAGGCCGCUGCGGCUCAAGCGCCGCCUGAAUGUCUUUAUUCCCACUAUGGGUGUUGCUGGGAUCUUACCUCUGCUCAGGGACCUAUUGGCGAAGGAUGCGUAGGUGAGCAAGAAUUUUGAACCUUGAAGUCUUGCCACCGCUUUCGUUCGCCCAGAGAAGGAGGGAUUACAGGGUUAACCUAAAUUCUCCACAACUAUGCAAGGCUGAUAUAUAUAUAUAUAUACAUAUAUAUAUUUAUAUAUACAGAAAAUAUAUUUAUAUAUACAGAAAAUAUAUAUAUAGAAAAUUUCUGUCUGACGAGCGAAAAAGUUCUGUCUGACGCGCGCUUAGGCGCAAAACUCAGAGUCACAGAGAAUCGAUGCGUCCUCUUUAAUUCUUUAACUUAUGUAUACUUAGCUCUGCUACCACAGCAUUGAGCACUUUAUGCCAACGUAGACUCUACCCCCACAUUCAUAUAUAUACUUAUGUAUAUGUAUAUUUUUUAACUUUGAACAAUUCUUAACAAAACUAUUUUCUCGGUUUCGGAUCAAAAUGCUCAUAAAGAGCCUACUCAGUUACUGUGUUCCCAAACCUUUUGUUGUUGAAAAAAAUAAGAAGGAGAAAAAAGAAAAGAGAAAUGUUGGCCACAGUCCAUUAACAUGUUAUGUAUAUUUUACUAUGCAGCUUGCAGAGACCGCCAUGGUUUUAAAAGGCUUUGUAAAUUAUGGAGUCAUUACUGCAAGGACGAAGCUUAUAAGUAUGUCCAGAAAAAUGUCAUCGAUGAGUUCAGAGAAACAUGUCCCAUGACGUGUGGAAAGUGCAGGAUAGGACAAAAGAUGUUGGAUCUCUCUGUUUACAGUGAGUGUAAGCUUCUUGCCAAGUUUUGGUUGAAUAAUAGGUCUGAAGGGAAGCUUGUCAUAUGUUUUAGCUUCUAAUUUUAAGGCUGCAACGGGAAAAUUACAAAUACUUGAUUUAUGCAUAAGUGUACACUCAUCGUUUCAGUCGCAUCCCUGGGCCUUCUCUUCUCGAAAUGCUGCGUAAGUAGUGUCUUGCGCUCGUUUCCAUGUGGCCAGCUGAUCAUCACAUACUGCGCACUCUGAGAUUUUAUGCCAGAUACAAUUGUCUCUUAUUUUCUCUCCGAACGCACAACCACUUUAGGCUUAAAUCGGAUCGUUACAGAUCCAAAGCUAUUUCCAAAUUUAACACUACAUGCUCAUGACUUCUUUGUUAUGAAUAUUUUGAGGAUGGUUCUGUACAAACUAUUCCAAAAAAAAACUUUGUCCUUAUUUAAUUUUUUUAACAGAAAGAAACUGAUAUUAUAUGAUGAGUCUACGAAGUCGUUGACGACCGGCGAAAAGGGCGGAUUGGAGGCAACAAGAGGAGAUGAAAAGUCAUUUCAAUAAGAUAUUUUAUUUAUCAGCAUAUCAUUGGAAUGUUAGUGCUAUCAAGGACU